AAACACCAACACAAUGGGAGGUGGAGGAAGUAAGAGUCUUCCCAAGGAGGACUUGGAAUUUCUUAUGAGCAACACAAACUUCACAAAACGCCAGAUUAAACAAUGGUUUAAAGGAUUCAUGCGUGAUUGUCCUUCUGGCCAGUUGACUAGGAAAAAGUUCCUAGAGGUUUAUUCAGGAUUUUUCCCAGAUGGAAAUGCGGAAAAGUUCUGCGAGCAUGUGUUCCGGACAUUUGAUGCAGAUAACAGUGGGAAAAUUGAUUUUAAAGAAUUCUUAUUGGCAAUUAAUAUCACUUCUGCGGGAAAACCAGAGGAAAAACUAGAAUGGGCAUUCCAAAUGUAUGACAUCAAUGGAGAUGGUACUAUAGAGAAGAAUGAGAUGGUUGAAAUAAUAGCGGCCAUCUAUAACAUGGUCAAUAACGCUGGUGGCGAGGUGCCCAAUGAGACCCCGGAAGCACGAACGAAUGAGAUUUUUAGUAAAAUGGAUGAGAAUGGAGAUGGCACCCUCGACAGACAGGAGUUCAUUCAAGGAUGUAUGCAAGAUAAGUUCCUCUACCAGAUGUUGACAGCUGACAAGUCUGGAGACCAGCAACAAAAUGUAGAAGGAUAACAGUUUGCAUUGAAUGCUAUGGAACUAAAUAUGCAUGGUAGUAUGGUACAAGUUAAACACAGAAAAUGCAAGGUGUUUUAAAGAUGAUAUUUACCACCAUUUUGUGUAUAACUUGUACCAUUUGUUUAUCUUACCAUGAUGCAUAAACUGAUCUUGUAUAUAUUGGCAUUUUGCUAUUUUAAUACUGUUCUAUUGUUAUACACAAAGGUAUAUCUGUACAUGUAGAGUCAAUAUAGGUAGUUAGGAAUUGAAAUUGAAAUAUUAAUGUAUAUAUAUUAAUUAUGAUACAACGUGUGAUUGCAUGUUGUAUAUAACAUUGAAUUUUCCACCAACUACAUAUUUCAAUAUAUACAACGUUUAAACUUACAAAUUAUUUUGAUUUGUCAUCUAAGAUCAGACCUGUUUACCAUUAGAUAUAUCUUAACUAGAAGAAUACAUGUAUUAUAGAAGUGCUUGUAUGUGUUUCAUGAUACAGUUGAUAAAUAUAUAGCAACACUGUAUUUUAAACGGCCAGAGUACUUUUGUAAUCACAGAGUACUUUUAAGAGGUUUUACUGUAGUGUUAUUCAUACAGUUAUUAUUUUCUAAAAAUUUUAAGUAAUGGUUAGAAUAUUCAUAACUGUACAAUUGUAUGAGACUGAGCUAUUUGUCACUGCCAAAAUAUGUCGUAAUAAUUCAGUAAACUAGUUGAUAAUGCAUUAGACGGGCUUAAUUUUAACAGAGCUUACAUUUGACAAAAUAUAUGUAUAUUUCUUGACCCAUAUAUUGAGCUUUUGCCUAAUACCUGCAUAGUGAUUAUUGUUUAUGUCAAUAAGUAUAACUGUACAAAAUAUAUGCAUAUAUGUAUCUCCAAAUUGAAUCUUCACAAAUGAAAAUGGAAGUUUUUAUAACAUCCAUUCGGGCAAGGAAAGGAAUACUUUCAUGGCAAUAUGAUUGUCAUCGCAUUUGUCAUGUUAUUCAAAUAUUUUGUACCUGUGUUCCAUCUUUACCAUAUGUCUUUCUAAGUUUGUAAUUAGAUAGUGUUUUCUCCAUACAAUUUUUUUUGUAUCUGUGUUUUGUUUUAUGUGAAAAUACAAUGAUACUCAAGAGAGGAGACCUAUAUUCAAAUUCACAAUUGUAAUAUAAGAACAAGAUCUUGAAAUAUUGAAUAGAGUUUGAUACUUUGGAAUAGAUUAAUACAUAAACUUGUACUUAUGUUUUAUCAAUUUACUGUAUUUCUAUUCUGUUAUCUUAACAAUAAAUAAGAUUAUAAGUGUACACAUUGUUCUUUUCACAACUGAGUUUAAAUAAAUGAUCAUCAAUGA